UCACUCAAUGCUCUUACGCAGAAAACCCUAAAAACAUCUUUCGUAACCCCCUCCACAUCAUAUUAUUAAUCUUUUCCUUUUUUUAAUCCGUUCAACAUGGAUAAGCUUCAACUCUUUAACUUUCUGCUCCUAAGACGAUCAUAUGCAGUUGCAACAGAAAACCUGAGCAGGCAAACAGAAUUGUCAGUUAUAAGACAGGCAAAAGAUUUGGCAGAGAAGAAGAAGGUGAAGCAGAAGGAGGACUUUUGGAUGAGAGAUCCCAAGACUGGAAACUGGAUUCCUGAGACUCAUUUUGACCAGAUUGAUGUUGCAGACUUGAGAGACAAGUUCCUCACCAAAAAAGAUCAAUUUUAAACCAGUUCGACUAUUUUGCUUCAUCUGGAAUAGGGAAGACACUCCUAUUUUCUAUACAUGUCUACAAUCCAGUCUGCUUGUUCUAUCAUCUUAUAAUCAACUAAAUAUAUGUUCUGUUUUUCCUUUCUUUGCUGGGCUGCCCUUUUUUUUUCAGAUGCUAACAGGUUUAGCAUCAGGAUUUAUAUUAGAAAAGAAAAUGCCAUGAGGUACUACAUUAACCAAGAAAACGACAUGACAUCGAUAUAGUUUGACAUUUUUCUUCUAUAAUUGCACAAUAGAAGAAAUUAACUACCUUACCAUAAAAAACACAAGCACAAGGUUGCAUAUGAUGCAAUUUGACCCCAUUACAUUUAACACAAAAGUUUAUGCAUUGAAUUCAGAAUUGUCAAGGAAUACAAUGCAUACACAUUUGCAUCAUGUCUAAAUCUAGUACGAUGAAGAAGAAUUCAAACAUGACCACAAGUAUAGCUGAAUCAAUUCAUCGCUGACUACAGUAGGGGUGGGCAAACCAAGAUCAGUAAAGAGCAA